AUGUUAAGACAAUUAAAUAGAUUAAACAACCCAGUUAGACUUGGUUUAAGAUAUUACAGUACUGCCGAACAACAAGAUGUUGUGAUUAUUGGAGGUGGACCCGGUGGAUAUGUAGCAGGUAUUAAAGCAGGUCAACUUGGUAUGAAGGUAACAGUUGUUGAAAAGCGUGGCAAGUUGGGUGGAACCUGUUUAAAUGUUGGUUGUAUUCCAUCAAAGGCAUUGUUGAAUGCCAGUCACAUGUAUGAAGAUGCCAAGACACGUUUCUCCAACUAUGGUGUCAAGGUUGGUUCGGUAGAGGUUAGCGUUGCCGACAUGAUGAAGUACAAGGAAAAGAGUGUCAAUGGUCUUACCAGCGGUAUUGAAGGUCUUUUCAAAAAGAACAAGGUCAGCUACUCAAAGGGUCACGGUUCGAUUGUUUCACCAAAUCAAGUAGAGGUUACUGCUGCCGACGGCACCAAGAGUGUCAUCAACACCAAGAAUAUCGUCAUUGCCACAGGCUCUGAUGUUGUCUCUUUGCCAGGUCUAGUCAUUGACGAAAAGCAAAUCGUUUCAUCGACUGGUGCCCUCUCUUUGACCACCGUACCAAAGCGUCUCGUCGUUAUUGGUGGUGGUGUCAUUGGUUUGGAAUUGGGUUCAGUGUGGUCACGUCUUGGUUCAGAGACCACCGUCGUCGAGUUUACUCCACGUAUUGCUGCCGGUGCCGACGGUGAAGUCGCCAAAAAGUUCCAACGUACCUUGGAAAAGCAACACAUCAAGUUCCACCUCGAGACCAAGGUCACUGGUGUCACCAAGAAUGCCGACGGUACCGUGUCGGUCAACACUGAGAGUGUCGGCGGAUCCGGCCACUCUGGCGCCAUCGUUGCCGACGUUGUCCUCGUGUCGGUCGGUCGUCGUCCACAAACCCAACAACUCGGCCUUGAAAAGGUCGGAGUUGCCACUGACAAGGCCGGUCGUGUCGAAGUCGACGAAAACUUCCGUUCCAACGUCCAAUCGGUCUUUGCCAUCGGUGAUGCCAUCAAGGGCCCAAUGCUUGCUCACAAGGCCGAAGAAGAGGGUAUCGCCUGUAUCGAGUACCUCCACAAUGGCGGCGGUCACGUCAACUAUGGCGCCAUCCCAUCGGUCAUUUACACACAUCCAGAAGUUGCCUGGGUCGGAAAGACCGAAGAAGAGUUGGUCAAGGAAGGUGCCAAGUUCAAGGUUGGCAAGUUCCCAUUCAUGGCAAACAGCCGUGCUCGUACCAACGACGACACUGAAGGUUUUGUAAAGAUGCUCUCUGACGUUGCCACUGAUCGUAUCCUCGGUGUUCACAUUAUGGGUGCCAACGCUGGUGAAAUGAUUGCUGAAUCUGUUCUCGCCGUGGAAUAUGGUGCUAGCACUGAAGACAUUGCUAGAACCUGUCAUGCUCACCCAACCUUGUCAGAAGCCGUAAAAGAGUGUGCUAUGGAGAAACCAAUCCAUUUUUAA